UAGCGAUCAGUAUAGAGCGCAAAGCAAAAUAUCAACAUAUGAUUCCCGAAAAAUGUGUUCAUUGUGAAUGAAGUUAAAAAUGUGAAAUAUAAAAUUAAUAAUUUUUCAUUUACAAUGGGGAAUCAAUUCAAGAACGUGGCUGUUAUAGCUUGCUUGAAGACAUUUUUGUUUGUAUUCAAUGUUGUGUUUUGGAUCACGGGCAUUCUACUGCUAGUGGUGGGACUCUGGGCGGAAUUCGACCUAUAUAAAUACAUGGAACUAUCUUCAGAGUUUUCCGGAACGGCUCCCCACGUGAUGAUUGGAAUCGCUGGUCUGAUUGUUCUCAUCAGCUCUAUCGCUUUUUCAUGUAUUAUUAAAGGACAACCUGUGUUACUUUAUAUUUAUGGUGGAUUCCUAGCAUGCAUAUUCAUGAUGGACGCAGGUGUUGGCGCAUCAGUGGCAUGCUACCGAGACACUUUUGCAAAGGGCCUGUAUGAUGGAUUGACACAAACUCUCAUUUCCCAAAAUCCACAAAAAACCAACUUCGAUUUGGCACAAUCGACGUUGCAUUGCUGUGGCGUGUCCAACUAUACGGAUUGGAUGAAAUUAUCACCACAAAGAGUGAUUCCGAUCUCCUGUUGCUUAGACCCGAAUCACUGCAUCACAGCCAACUAUAGCGACGUCUACCAAAGGGGUUGUUAUGAAGUUAUAGUGGAGUAUUUAGAAAAUAACAUGGAUGUAUUAGUCGGCAUUGCAAUUGGAACUGCGUUACUGCCCCUAAUCGGAACAAUUCUAUCGUGCAGCCUUGCUAGUUAUAUCAAGAAAUCCAAAUACGACGUCAUGAAUUAACAACUCAUUAAGGGUUCCCAAACCUUACAAAACUAAUCUCUCAAAUUUAUGACUGCCUCUUUGACUGAUUUUUAAUUUAUGUGUAUUAAUAAUUACAAAAGUUACAACAUUAAUGUAAUAGGAUAUAUCAUUCUUUAAAAACCAUUAGCAUCCUUUUAAGGGAGUGUUCUAAGCAUAAAACAGAAAAAAGAAACAAGUUAGGAAUACAUCCAAAAAAUUUGAGCUUUGCAUACUAACAUGGCGUGUUCAGCUGUUGAAAUAUGGGAGACUCAUUUUUUUUGUUUUAAAUGAGUUUAUUUGAGAAUAAUGAUUUAUUCCAAUAAAACAUCCUAAAUGCUAA